AUGUGGCCCAACCCUGACGAUUCGGCGACGUUUGUUACACCCUUCAGAGAAGAGGAUCGGACCCACGUGGCGGUAAAGAUGUCAAGCCUGGAGAAAAUGGCAACAGUUUCGCAAGAGAACGCCUUCAAAGAAAUCUCCGUCAUGAGGCACUUGAUGCAAGCGGGUGAGCACCCGCACGUAAUGCCGGUGAUAUCGGCGUGCAUGUCAACGACGCACUUGUUCGUGGUUACCCCCUUCUACAUGGGGGGCGACUUGCUGUCACGGGUAGAACUGCACGGAACGGGCGAGGGCAACGCAAGAAGAUGGUUCCGGCAGAUACUUCUGGGGUUGGCGUACAUACACCAGCAGGGGCUCUGCCACCACGACGUGAGCCCUGAGAACGUUGUGAUCACCAACAACGGGGAGGCGGCGGUGGUAAUGGACUUCGGCAUGGUGCAGCGACUGCAGACGGGUCCUAACGGACAGUCACGAAUGUGCCCACAAGAGUGCUCGAUCGAUAGCAUCUCAGCUGACCGCGCACGUAUGUGCUUUAUCGGGGAUGGAAUCUGCAGAUACAUGGCACCGGAGAUCUGGGAGAACCGAGAGUACGACGGGCGGAGCGCAGACAUCUGGUCCGUGGCGGUUUCGCUGCUGGUGUGCCUUGUCGGGGAGGAACAGUGGAAGGCACCCACCCGCGUACCGUUGGGGGAUCGAGGGAUCUAUACGUACGUGUUGGUGACGUCUUUGUUGAUGAUUCAAGUUGCCAUAGGUACCCGUCGGCGGCGGUUUUGUUGAGUGAUUCAUGUUACCAUAGGUACGUGUUCGCGACGCCGCAAAGCUACAGGUACGUGUUGGCGACCCUUUCUUUGAAUUAUGCAUAUUAUUGCUGCUUUUGCUUGUUGUCGGUAGCAAGGUGGGCCGCCGCGAUUUCCCUGCGUGUAUCGUCGCCGGCUCUUGUCCCUACUACUUCCAAACCAUUUUCCUUCCGUAUAAUGGUGGCGUCUACGAGACUCGAAUACUCUUAAGACCCCAAUUUUUUUUUCUUUGGAAUUAUAGUUUCCCCCAAGUGCUAUCUUCCAUCACGGGUCAUCGGGUAUACUUGACGAGACCCCUAAUGGCCUUCUUCUGCACGAAAGAAAAACAUGUGUGUAGUUCAGCGGAAGUGGCUCACUCCCGCGCCCGGUACCUUGGGCUAAGCAGUCGCAAGUGCUGAGUUGGAUCAGGCUCUUGAGAGAUGACGAACUUGUGGGCAAACCACUUCAAAGAUGCAGCAGCAGCAGCCGCAGCAGCUGUCACAUCCACAACAUCACCAACAAAGACUGGUUUCCCUCGCCACUUUGCACAAUUUUACAGUUCAGACAUCUACGGCUACACGAUCUUGGAGCAGCACGGGGCAGGAGUGAUGCUGGAGAGGUGCAACUACGUGCCGAGAAUGUCUCCGGCUGCGGCGGAUGUCUUGCGCUACAUGCUGAUAGUCGACCGUGAUGUUCGUCCGACCUCGGCGAUACUCCUCGCGCAGCACCCCUUUUUCUCGGCGCAGACGUAAAUGACCCCUUACUUCUACUGUAGCCAUUACGGGGGCUGCGUAGAGUCGAUGGCCGGUGUGAUUCUUGGAGAACGGGAGCACAAACGGCGAAUAAAAUAUUGGUGUUUUUUUUUCUUCUUUUUCUUUUUUUCGCUGUCUUGUUGCGUAUGUUAACAAGGUGUGGUCCGGUCCGCACACGGUGUGGAUAUUCUUUGCUCUUUGCUCUUUGCUGUCUUUUUAAGGCGCUACGUGCUUGCGUCUCCUCUGAAAUUUUGUUGCGGUUAGGUGUCGCCUUGUCUAGACAUUUGGGAUGGCUUGCAUGUGGAUUACGGAAAACCCUGUGGGUUAUCGCUUCGUUUAAGACAUUUGCAGAGGUAUGCGUGUUUGUGGCCAGGAUUCAUGGAAGCCUGCUGCUACUGCAGUUGACUGCUGAUGCUGCUGUCGUCACUACUUGCGUGCAGCAAUGGUGUUUGGAAGAACGUGCAAGCAUGCCACACGUGAUUGGCGUGCGUGCUGACAGGUUGAUGUGGUAAUUUUGAUUGGAUUAUGGGAUAGCAGGUAAUGCCGCUACUGCUGGUUUGGUGUGGUUCGAUAUCAGCUUUUCUCUUGGCAGAAGUUUAGGCGCCGGUUUGUUGCACGAAAGGAGGCUUGAAACAGAAACGCCGUGCUUGAUCAUUGUCGUAGUUCUCAGUGCGAUCCGCCCACAAAUAUUAUCUCUGUUGUACUUUUUGGUGCCUUUGCGGGUCGUGGUGGUGGUGUGGUGACCCUCCUGGUAUUUGCUUUUUUGUUGUUUUUUUCCCCACACGUGUGUCCGACCAAGAUUCCUCGACGAUGGACGCGAUCGAUCAGAUUGAGCGCUCUCCGGCGUAGGAAGGUGUCUUGUGUUAGUAUGAUUUACUGCCGUGUGUGUUGCACGUUAUUUCCCGGGUGUAGAGUACCGCUUUUUGUAUCAACAUCUGGGUCAUUAAAGAGGAGUCCUUGGUUGUCAUGUCAACUUGUGUUAUAGUCUCGGGACCGGUCUGCAUUCUCUGCUGGCUGCGAAGUUGAAAACCAGCGAGAAACGUGACCCUGGGGAGCGGAUGAGGGGUCAAAGUGGAUAUUUGAAAAUUUACCGCUUGCGCAUGGAUCCGCCUUGCGAUGUUGUUUUCGUUGUUGAGAUGGGCCCUGCUUCAUCUCCUGUUGCCUGCUGGGGUUCGAUCUAAACAAAGAAUAAAGUCGGUUGGGAUGGGUGUCAAUUAAUGAGGUGGACCCGUGUGUGACGCGCCGCUCUUUCGGCACACAGUGAUGAACAAUAGUGGCCAGGCAAAGAGUUUUGUUUUUUGUGGAUUGAACCACGGGUGACUUUAACGAAGGGGCUGGCGUUCUCUUUUGCUUACUGCCUUCUCGGCAAAUAUUCUUGGAUCGCGUAGUUUAAGGGUCAAUCCCAGCUCUUGGACCCUCCUAGGCCUGGCUCGGCUCCUCCUUUCUCGCCUUGUCUGUAUAGGGU